CGAGUUGGUAUAUUUAUAUACCAAUUUUUUUGGUACUUCUAACUUCAUCAUUUUUAUAUUAGUCGGAUAAAUCAUAAAUGUUAUUAAUCAAAGCAUUCGAAAACUUUUGUGAUCUGCUCUUGGCCCAAAUUACAUCAUUCAAAUAAAGUAUUUUACUAUAAUUUUAAGCUUGACUUGGUGCAGUAGUCAUGAAAUAUGAUUUCUGUCUUAAAAAAAGUAUUUAUUGUUAUUUUUGCUAUCGUGGUGUCUGUCUCAUCCAGGAUUCACAAAUUACCUCUUGUGGAUGAUGAACGUCACUAUGUUGAUUUGACAACAUUUGGUUUUUUCGAAGGCGGUGUUCUAGAUGUACAUAUGAUUAACUUCAAGUUGCCAUCUGGUUCAGUGCUGGGCGAGUAUGGUUUUACCUUGGAUAGAACUGUCAAUGAUGCUAUUAAUCCUUACUUGGAAGUACAUUCGGAUACAUGUAUUCUUAAAGGUGUAGAAAAUAAUGGGGGUCUUUUGUCACCACAUCAUCCAGCUAUAGUUUUUUUGAAAUUAGAUUUUAAAAAUCUCAGAAUUAAUAUUACAUGUGAAGGUGAAGUUACUGCAUUACAUCUUUACCAAAACAGGUCAAUGAUUCCGAUAGAUAGAAUUAAACGUCAAUCACAGUAUAUAUUUGUAAACAGACAACGACGAUCACCAUUAGAAACUAAGAAAUCAACAGAGGCAUUGGGGUCUCAGUGUUCAUAUGCGGUUCUUCCUAUAACAAAAGAAACACGAAAUGGCUUUGAUUAUUACAACACAAGUUUUGCUAUGUAUGUGGCUUCAGACAAGGAAGAAGGAUUGUACAACUUGUACUUUCAUAACUGUCCACAUGAAACAGAGCCUGCUAUUAAUGUUUUGAUAGAAAUAUAUGAAAGUAAUGAUGGAAACUUUUUAUCAGCUGGGGAAAUGCCACUUCCAGCACUAUACAGCAUGAUGUCAAUGAUAUUUUUCUUGUGCGCUGGCUUUUGGACAUUUAUUCUAAAAACAAGCCGUCACAAAGUAUAUAGAAUACAUAUUAUUAUGUGUGUACUGGUUUACUUAAAAGCAAUGUCAUUGGCUUUCCAUGGAAUUAACUAUCAUUUUAUACAAACAAGAGGAGAGCAUGUCACAGCUUGGGCAAUAUUAUACUACAUAACACAUUUAUUAAAAGGUGCUGUGCUCUUUGUGACUAUAAUUUUAGUUGGAACUGGAUGGAAUUUUAUUAAACACAUUCUGGCAGACCGCGAUAAAAAAAUAUUUAUGAUAGUCAUUCCAUUACAAGUGGUCGCUAACGUUGCGGAGAUAAUAAUAGCUGAAAGUGAAGAAGGUGCGGUCGAACAUAACGCGUGGAGGAUUCUUUUAAUGUUCGUCGAUGUACUCUGUUGUGGCGCCAUUAUGUUCCCGGUUGUAUGGUCAAUACACCAUUUGGAAGAUUCUUCGACAACAGACGGCAAGGCUGCUGUUAAUCUGAGAAAGCUAAAGUUAUUUAGACAUUUUUACGUGAUGAUCUUAUGCUAUAUUUAUUUCACGAGAAUUAUAGUCACUAUAUUGGAGAAAACAGUUCCAUUCCAAUAUUCUUGGAUCGAUGAAAUGUUUCGUGAGAUGGCGACGUUUGUUUUCUUUGUAAUGACAGGAUACAAGUUCCGACCGGCUGCAGCUAAUCCUUAUUUCACACCGACAUACGACGACGUCGAACCGAAAGUGAUAUCAGAGAUAGGAGUACUGGACGGUGUCACGAAUAGAGAGAAAAGACGUGAAGAUAUGCAACCAUUAAUGCAAGAAAAUUCCGAAUAAAUUAAUUAUAAGUAGAUAGAACAUUUGCAUAACAACCGCAUUAACCGUAGAUAAUUUGUAUCUACUUACUUGCUUAUUAGAUUUUUUUGUAUUAUACACCUACAUAUUUGGCUAUGAAUUAGACAUAUCCCGUAUAAAUCCUUUAAAGAUUUACACUAGUUAGGUACUGUAGUCUGGUAUAAAGUUGGGUUUCGUAGCUGUUAGUUCUAAUUUUGCAGGCUUUAUAUUUUAUAUUAAUAAUUACGGCCAAGUACGGAUGUUUUCAUUAAUUUUCUGCCCUCUGCUGAAGCGCCUUUAUUGUAAUGCCGAAUAUUAGAUAUUUUUAAAAGAAUUAUAUUUCACGUUUUUACUCAAUAGCCAUCACGCUUCAAGCUUAAUCACUUACAAUUAAAAAAUAUCGAAACCAUUUUUAUUUAAUAACUUGGUCUGCCAUAAGUCAAUAUGGAAUAUCGGUUUUGUCAUCUCACAAUUUACAAGAUAUUUUUCUAUUAAAUACACGUCUGUCUCGGAACCUAUUACGAAAACUAAAAGCUUUGCUCUUCAGUGUCAAAUGCAAAGGCCAAUCGCAAAAUGGGUGACUUGAUUUUGUGUCGCCUUCGGGUAAAGUGCAAUUGCCUUGUGUAUAUUUCUGUAGAUGUUGGAUUGUAUCUUUGGCAAAAUUCAACCGUUUUGUAGUGAUUUUGCUACUAAACUUGGCGUCCGACACCGCUUUCUUUCAUUUUCAUCGCCUGUAGUAAUAUUCUUUAUAAAUUCCAUGUUACCAAUAACCUAAGUUUGAAAUAGUCCGAUUUUAUACAUGUCAUCUUUAGCCUAUAAGUUAAUUGAGACUGCGGUAAGAGUGUAGUUAGGAUUUCAAUAUAUGGACCAUCACAUUAGCAAUAGAAUCAAUAUGCAUUUAAUUUCAUAUAUACAAUUAAGAUGUAUAUUCGAGUAAUUCAAAAUUAUUAUAUUCACGGCGACUUUUGUAGGUACUAACUAGUAAGUGUGGGUUUACUAGUUUUAAAUACACCAUAUUCAAAUAUUGCACAUUUAAUUAUAUAAAUUUUUUAGGAUAUAUAAUUUUAAGGUUUGGUUUAUGAAUAUCCACUAUUUUACUAUGAAUUCCAGCAAUAAUAAAUGUUGAUUUAUAUAACAACAAGUAUAAAACAUUAUAUAUUUAUGUAUUAGUAUGAGGUUGACGUGGGAUUAUCGAAUUUGUCCAAGAACAAUAUGUAUUGCAUAUUCCGCCAAAAAAAUGUGAUUUGUAUCAGUCUCGGCAUCUGUCUUAGCCAGAUUUUGUAUAGGCGCGAAGGUUUUUAAAAUUCAAUAAAAAUCGUUAUCGUUAUCUGACGACAUUUUAAGCCAAAAUAAAAAGAAUUGUAGGAAUUUUCUAAAAUACUUAAUAGACUUGAAAAUUAUAAUAUGUAAUUUGAAUUAGUUCAUCAGACUAUCACGUACGUAUGUAUGACUUAAGAUUGACACAAUAUUUUAUUAUUCUAUAUAUCAUUGAUGGUAAUUACACAUACAUUAUUAAUUUCAAUUUAAAAAGCUUCAUGGAUUUUUAUAUUUAAAGCCAUAGUUAAGACAUGUUAAAAUUUCCCUUAAUAUCUGUCCGGCACUCUAUGUCAUAUAAAACAUUGGAAUUGUUAAAUGUGCCUAUAAUAAUAAAUCGUCCGAAACAAGGUUUACGAAAAGCUGAAAUGCAAAAGGUUAACGCUUUUUAUAAACAAUGAUGAUAAGUGUCUACGUAUGAAACAAAACACAUGACGAUUUAAGUUUUUUGCUUAGUUUACUUAAAAUCUUAGCAAUUUAAGGAUAUUAUGUUGAAUUUUCUGUAACAAUGGUUGUAAAUAUUUUUUGUAUGUGUAAUUGUAAAAACUGUUUUUAUUCACAUUAAAACCUUCAAGUAGA